AUGGCAAAGAGUGUUAGGGCCAGCGUUUCGAAGCGCAAUAAGGCUAAAUUGCGAGCCACCGUCUUUGGUCCUGCAGUGGAUGCACGGACUGAACGGCUUUCUGCAAAGCUUCAGGAGCUUGCUUCCCAGCCAAAGCCAAGCACCCAGGACGAUUCAAACGCGGAAAACAAAACCACUGAAAUGGAGGACAACGAUGGCGCCGCGCAAGUCAAAUUAUCCGACCCAAGUGAAGACAUGGAUAUUGAUAAACCGUCCGCCAAAAGUUCCCACAAAUCAGGCCGCAUUCACAAACGCCACAGCAACCGAAAGAAUCGUUCAUCAAUUGUCUUCCGCUCCCAUCCAUCCAAGGCCAAGAAAGGUUCCAAGAGGAAGUGA